AUGGGUACCACCACGUCGCACCGACUUCAACAAGUUUACGUCCCACGCAACGGCAAGAGCUACGAAUCAAUCGCAUCUUUCGACGUGGAGAAUGCUAUAUUUGCGCGAGACCACAAGACUGCUAGGUCCAGUCUUGAGCGCCUGUGUAGAGCCGAAAAAUGGGGCAAAAACUCUCAUGCUGCCUACUGUCCAUUGCCAAUUCUCGUCACCCGCCAGCAUGAAAAACAGCUUUCUGAUCUCCAUGAAGCGUUGGUCUUGGCCAUCGUUGAUAUUGUCCAGCGUUGGUGGCAGGAUCCUAUCGCGCGUUUCCCCGAGCGCAUGCCAUUGGAGCCAAAGGAAGAAGACCUCCUGCGAUGGAUAGACAGUCAGGAUUCUGGAAUCCUUGCUCCUUUCCGGGAUCGCCUAGGCUCAUGGCGACCGGACUUCCUUCUUGAACAGGAGAGCAGCGAAGGAACCUCCACCACCGUGGAUGGCGUCCGAGUCAGCGAAAUCAACGCACGAUUUUCAUUUAACGGUUUUAUGUUUGCUGCACACGGAUCCCAGACGUUACGAGAUAUCGGUGUUGCUAAUGAGAAUAACGGCCUGGUGUGCGCCACCGAUCCGGACAAGGUCCUAGGAGGACUAUUGCGCCUUUUCCGGCAUGAUCAUCCUCUGUAUCUUCUCAAAGACGAAGAGCCCGGUAUGGAUAUUCACAUGCUUGUCGAAUACCUCCAGCAGAAUCUGGGAAUCACCCCUCGUUUUAUUACGCCCACAGAUCUACGGCUAUUACCCGAUGCAGAGCGCGAGGGAGAGUAUAAAUUGUGCUGCGUAGUAAAGGCCAUCGAUAAUUCGGCUUCGCAAACCUCAGCGCUGACCAACAGUAUCGGAGAGCGUCUGCAGGAGAUACAUCAGGUAGGCUUGGAGCUUCAUCAGCGGGAGCUGCUGGCACUGGAGCCAGAGAUGCUACGCCAGCUCAGCCUUCGAUGUUUCAACGAUAUGCGGACCAUCUUGCUGGUCCAUGAUAAACGGAUGCUUGGUAUUGUUAAGCAGGAACUCGGGCCUUUGACUGAGCGAGGGGUAUUGACUCCAGCCCAAGCGGAAACUCUGGAUAAGGGAAUUGCGGACACAAUCCUCCCGGGAUCAACGGAACUAGGUCGGUUGCUCCGAUCGUCCAGAGAAUGCCCUGGCCUCAAAGCCAAAUACGUCCUGAAACCAAUACGAAGCGGCAAGGGAAAUGGAAUUGUCUUUGGCGAAGAUCUCACCUCGGCCGCGUGGGUGUCUGAGUUGGAGAACUUGCGAUGUCCGGAACCGGAACCCAGGAAACGCCUCUACGUCGUUCAGCGGAAAAUCAAGCAGUUGCUGUAUGAUGUCGUGUUGAGAGAAUCAGGAGAGAAAGUGAAGUACCCGCUCAUUGGGACAUACCACUCAGCUGCCGGUGAGUAUCUAGGUCUAGGCGUGUGGCGUAGUAGCGCAGACCGAAUCUGCGCCAUCAGCCAUGGGGGUGCAUGGAUGUCUACUGUCAUCAAAGAUGAAUGA